AUGGAGUUGCGAGGAUGCUGGCUGCUCAUCCUUCAGGUGUUCCCAGGCUGCGCGGGGAUCCCGUUCUGCGACCCGGAGUAUCUCAGCGCGGUGGGCUGCCCUGAAGUGGAGCACGGCAUCGACUGGCAGGUCUUUCUGGAAGGCACCUGUGAGAAGUGUCCUCCCAACGAGCCGUGCCAGUUGGACUUCGAGGACACAGCUUUCCAGCUUGCCCAGGUGGCCACGGCCGGCGGUGCGGAGGGGGCGCCCCACUUCCGCUGUGCUCCGGGGUUGCUCUCGACGAUGAUCAUCAUCGCGCAGUACUUCUUGGUGAAGGAGCCCACACCAGAGGUCGCGAAGAUCCUAGGCACAGGUGCCUCGUUGGCACCUUUCCCCUUCUACACCUCGCAGUACAGCCGCUAUGCCAACAUGGUCCCGAUGAACCUCCUCCUUUGUAAUACACAACAGUCCUCGGCGCCGAGCAUGUACAACAGGUACGUGCCUCGUGUUCACGCCGAGGACUCGGGUUUUUGUGGUUUGGUUUACACCGACGAUCAGCUGGUGAGGAGGUGUCGGUCCUUGCGCCAGAAUGCGAAUGUGCUUGCACGUGUGGGCAGCACUUUGGACUCUUUGGAACGCAUCCAAUGCCCAGCUUUUGAGGAGUUGAAGGUGGAGGAAGGACUGGGGAGAAAGAUCCAGAAAUACCAGGACCGCGCGAAUCAGCUGCAGUGUCAAGACUCACGCGGCAUGUGGCAUGAGGCCAUGAGUGACAUCCACAAGUGUGUGCUGAUUACAGUGGGUCAUUGGCUGCGCUUCAGACCAGGCGAACUGGUUCUGGACUGGGGAUCUGGAUGUGGGCACAAGCUCUCUUGGGCCAAAAUGCUCUUUGAUGUGGAGGGUGUCGGGGUGGAGAUCCAGGAGCCUGCCGUGCGCUGGGCACAGAGCCACAGCGCGGGGAUGUUCUGCCACGGCGACGGGCGAAACCUCAGUUGGCUCCCGGAGCUGACCUUUGAUCACGUGAUCUCCUAUGCCUCCAUCUACCACUUGGAGAAGCACGAUCAAUGCAGCGUGGGCAUUCAGCUGGUGCGGAAAUUGAAGAUUGGGGGUCGAGCCUUCCUGGGCUGGAACCAUGGCCCUGUCAUGAGCAACUGGGAAUGGCUGAGGUGCUUUGAGGACAGCCAUGAAUUUGUGAAAGAACAUGACAUCGCCGCCGAUGGGGUCGAGGUCGACUUUGAUGCAGUGGAAGAUGGCUACCUUUUUCCACCCAAUGCUAAUGUGCUGGAGGAGAAGCGCACCUUCCUCUACCAAUAUCCGGCCUACUCCAUCUUCUUGACACGACAACGUUUGCGAGAAUACGAGGGCAGCUGGUUGGACGUCGAUCUGGUGCUAGGCUGCGACGGCAUCCGCUCCGCCGUGCGCGGGGCCUUGCAGGCGGCCGGCGCCCGGGUGGAACAGACGCGCUUCCAGGAUCGGCGGCCGAUUGUGUAUCGCGUCUUGGCCAUCCCAACAGGGAAGGAAGACAGCACAGAGCUGAACUACAGUGUACGCAAGGACAACGUGCCUUGGCCUGCCUUGCCCAACGUGGAGGGCGAUCUCCUUGGUGUGGUCUUGUUCCGCCCCACGGACGAGCGGAUCGAAGGGCUGAAAUCAGGAGCUGAGGCGAAGAAGGUCUUUGAGGAGCUCUUCCCUGAAUGGCCUACUCCAAUGAUCACCGAUGAAGAGUGGGACAACUUUGCCGCGCGAAAGACGCGGCAGCUGCCGCGGUUCGCCUACGCCGGGCCAGAGCUGAACCUAGGUGGCAAGUGCUGCUUGCUGGGCGAUGCGAUUCACUCGGUGAAGCCUUUCUUCGGUUUGGGUCUCAACAGCGGCUUUGAAGACAUCUCUGUGCUGGACCAGUGCUUGGGCGAGUGCGACGCGGAGCUCUCCAAAGCCUUGCCCCUCUACACGAGGCGUCGAGCGCCGGAGGCGAAGUGCCUGGUACGCUGCCAGCGGCGCUUCGACCAGGCGACUGACUUGGCUUUUGCCUUGGCCUUUGUGUUGCCCAUCGUUUUGGAGCCGAGACUGCUGAAGAGCGGGAAGCGAGAUGACUCGAUCUUCCGGAAGCUCCUCCCCAGCGUGUUUGCUCCGGGCCUGCUGGUGGGAGACUCCGCAGCGCUGUUCCAGGAUGGAGAACUGAGCUUCACGACGGCCGAACGGCGUAAGCGCCGGGAUCGGAUCCUUCAGGCGAUGAUCAUCUGUGGCGUCCUGUCGCUCUUGGGUGCAGGGGCCUUCCUCUCCCUGAGAACCGUGGCCAGACUGCUGUGGCGUUGUCUCAGCCCGCCAGUGCAUGGCUGGCUUCCAUGA